AUGGCCUCGUCAAGACGCACACCAACGUCCUACGAGCAGUUCAAGAACUUUCGCACCACGUUUCCCGCCCCUUUUGUGGCACAUGUCGAGAUCAAUCGUCCCGAGAAAAUCAAUGCCUUUGACAAUGCGAUGUUCCGCGAGAUUACAGCGCUUUUCGACCUGAUCUCCCACGAUCCCAACGUCCGCGUCGUGAUGCUUUCAGGAGCCGGCACGAGAGGGUUUUCCGCCGGCUUGGAUGUCAUGGCCGAAUCAACAUCUGGUCCCGUGGGCACACCGGUCGAAACACGGGACUUUGCACGUAAGGCAUGGGCCGUCCGACGACAUGCCCUUCUGUACCAGGAGUCGGUCAACGCUCUCGAACGAUGUGAGAAACCCAUUGUAUGCCUACUACACGUCGUAACAUUUGGAGCCGCGGUUGACUUCGCCACUGCCGCCGACGUGCGCUACUGCACCCGAGAUGUGAAGCUCUGUGUCCGCGAGAUUGAUGCAGGGCUGGCUCCUGACGUGGGCACUCUUUCUCGGCUUCCAAAGAUCGGCGUUCCAUACUCUUGGGCCAAGGAGAUAAUCUACUCGGCGGAAGUGGUCGGCGGCGAAGAGGCGGCGCGCAUAGGUUUGGCCAGCAAAGUCUUCAAUACCAAAGAGGAGAUGGUCAGUAGCGCACUAGCAUGGGCGACGAAUGUGGCCUCCAAAAGUCCCGUGGCGGUCCAGAGCUCCAAAGCGCUCUGGGACUUCAGUAGGGACCGCCCAGUGGCCGAUGGAUUGCUCUACACAGCCGCGUGGAACAGUGCCAUGGUAUUGUCGGACGACGUGCGGAAGGCGAUGACCAGCGGGCUCAAAAGGACGCAGCCGACAUUUGAGAAACUCUAG